AUGCUUGUCGGUCUGGGCAACAACAUCAACGGCGCGUUAUCCACCUCCUCGAUACCGGUGCAUUCGACCCCCGUGUCACAGUCACACGAUGGUGCAGUCCUGUUUCACGGCUGGAGCUGCUCCGUCGUGCUCGAGUACAAGAACAACAGGAUACGCGCUUGGGGCCGCGACCCGCUCGUGUCGUCUCUAGACCAAUGGGCUCUGCCUACUUCUCCGCCGUCACCACUGGUCCAAGGGCUCAAGGUGUUGACUCAACAUGACCGUCCAGCGGCGGUGUUGGCCGGAGGCAAGGUAUACCUACCCCCGACAUGUCACUCGUCACUGCCAGUUGACAGCUCAGCGCCAGCAGUAGCGCCUUUUGGACCACCGGGUUGGUAUCAAGGUGCCAAUUGGGACGACGCAGGUGUCACAGACCUGGGACCGGCCGUUGGCUUUUGUCGCGAGCGUGGCCUGUAUCGCUUCCCCGACCUUGAGCAUCUCUGUGCAGACAAGAAUGGAUCGCGCGUCGAGCACCCGUUCCUCACAGCCAACACCGACGUGCAAGUAUACGCUACUGAGGCGAGAGUACUACUCCUUGUCCAUGGGCACGUCCUCGAGCUGGACGUCAAGAACGACACCAGCCGACCGCCAUUGACGGUGGUGGACGAGAUGGAGGGACUCGGCGUCACGCAGCUGAUACCGGGACCUGGGAACCGGUUCGGGGCGGUCACACAGGCUGGGGAGGGAUACCUCCUGGGCCCACACGAUGUUGAGGCGGUUGUCAUUGGGCCAGGGGAGGAUGAGGACGAGGACGAGGAAGGCGAUGGUAUCGCGGCCAUGGCGCUCGGCUACGAGUUUGACAUUGUCCUAUCAUGCGGCACCGUGUACGCACGCGGCAACAAUGAGUUUGGACAACUUGGCCAGCGUCCAACGACCAAAUGGCUGAAGACGUGGACGCGUGUGGAUGUCGACGGCGUCACGGCGGUCUGCGCUGGCCGCUUUUCAACGCUGCUGGCCAAGGCAUGGUAG